AAGGCAGCUAUCAUGGGUGCCGGUCGGAGCACCGAGGCUGAAAGACAGCCACUUAUCAUCCCAGCGAAUGGUGAGACCCACACUCGGCCAGUAGUACAGAGCAGAGUGUACAAGAGAAGAUGGCUGGUUCUGAUGCUCUUCUGCCUGCUGGGACUACUGCAAGGGAUGGUGUGGAACUUCUGGGGUCCCAUUCAGGUCUCAGCCGGUCACGCUUACGGCUUUACAAAGGCAGACAUCGCUGUUCUGGUGCUGUGGAGCCCGCUGGGGUUCCUUCCCUUUUUCCUGUUCAUGUGGUUAAUGGAUAAAAAAGGUCUGCGGGCAUCCCUGCUUCUCGCCGGGUUCUUCAUGCUGUUUGGAGCAGUCCUGAGGUCCAUCCCACUGACAGAGCAACGCCUCAGACGAUGGUUAAUUCAUGGAGGUCAGUUAAUGAACGGUUUGGCAGGCCCCACCAUAAUGAGUGCUGGCCCCUUCCUCUCCACCACGUGGUUCGCCCCCGACCAGAGAGCAACCGCCACCGCCGUGGCUUCACUCUUCGCUCACCUGGGAGGCGCCGCUUCCUUUGUGAUCGGACCUCUGAUCGUGCCGACCCCCAACGACACAGAGACAGGCGCCGUAUUGGAAGCACCACUUCCAGACAGCACCAUCAGAUCCAGGAUUCAGCUGGUUAUGUAUACAGAGCUGGCUGCGAUCGCCUUGCUGUAUGCGGCAGUCGUGCUCUAUUUCCCAUCGCGCCCACCCAUACCUCCCAGUGUGGCCGCUGCAAGCCAGAGACUCAGCUACAGGAACAGCAUGUGCAGACUUUUUAGAAACCAUCGCUUCCUGAUGUUAGCUUUGGCUUAUGCAGUCCCCAUGGGAGUGAUGUCUGGCUGGGCAGGAGUCCUCGACAUGUUGCUCACACCAGCCAAAGUCAACCAGGUGGAUGCAGGUUGGAUUGGUUUCUGGUCCAGUGUUGGUGGAUGCGUGUUUGGAGUAGCAAUGGCACGGUUUGCAGACUCCAUCCGGGGGAUGUUGAAGCUGAUCCUGGUGCUGUUGCUUGCGGGAGCCUCACUUUCCUCUACCUGGUUCACCCUCACCUGUCUGUGCAGAGUCACUCACCUCCCCUCCACUGCAGCUAUACUUUACACGUCCUGCAUCCUAGUGGGCAUCUUCAUGAACAGCAGCGUGCCGAUAUUCUUUGAGCUCUUCAUCGAGACGGUGUACCCGGUCCCUGAAGGCAUUACCUGCGGAGUGGUCACUUUCCUUGCUAACUUGUUCUGUGGCCUGCUGCUCUUCUUCCUCACUUUUUACAGCACAGACCCGACGUGGGUGAACUGGUGUCUUGCUGGCUCCUGCGUCUUCAGCCUCAUUGUCAUCCUCUUCUUCAGGGAGUCCUACGACCGUCUCUACCUGGACGUUUUCGUCUCUGUGUGAUGGUGCUGACAGAAAAAACACCUCAACAACUUGAUAACAUUGGACUGUAUCGUAAAUAUUCUUGCACAAGACGAGGAGCAAAGGGAGAAGAAAGGAAAGUGGAGUGACUACUUCCUUUUAAGGUGUAAGAUUUUAUGUAAAUAUUGAAAUUGGUGGCGAUGGAUCGCUUGUUAUAUGGCUGCCGAGAAGAACCAAGACUUGAUUCGACUACGAUGUUUACUCUAAUAAUCGAUCGGCUCGAUGCCAUGUGACUGCACAAAAUGCCAUUACCUGAUUUUAUCCAUUUGUCUACGUUUGUUCUGAAACAAACUUUGUGAACGGUUUAAUUUUCCUAACCAGGCACAGCAUGACGGACUGUUAUUAGCUGUUGUUUACAGAUGAUUUAAUAUUUAAAGUUCUCAGUGUCGCCCCCUUGUGGCUGCUCAUUUUAACAUUUUUUGAUUGUUUUAAAUAACUGACUUAAAAUGACUCCAGAUCAGCAGAGGACGUCAGCCCAUCACGAGGAAGCAUAAAGGACAGCUUCGUCAGCCAAUCAGCAGGCCUGGCUGUGCUGAGGCGGGGCUUAACAGGGCUCUUUCUCACUCAAGAGUCCCAGCAAGUUGUGAAACUGAGACGCAGGUACUUCUAAUCUGUUUUAUCGCCAUCUCAAGAUGAACAUUAUGCAAAAAUGAUCCCCCACAUUGAUGAUUGGAUGUGGGCCAGACACGUGGGCUGAGAUUUGAUGAUAAAUCUGCUCUUUUUGUCGAUCAAUGAACUCUUCAUGUGCAAGAAGCGGAGCUGCUACCCCUUCAGAAUUAAGAGGUUGCUCAGCCUAUUUAUGAUUAAUGUGUCAAAUUGCUUUUUAAUCAGCCUCAAUGAUGUUUUUGUUUUACUUUGUACAUUUUUAAACCUCUUUUCCUUAGCAGCCUGCCAGUAUUUAUUGGAGAUGUCUCAACACUAACAUAUUUAACACCUAGAUUCACUGGAACAGGAUGUUUAGUGACAGUUUCAGCCGCUACACUGGCACACUUAGGGAGAUUCUUUUCAGGCAUUUGGAUUAUGUUACCUUGUAAUUGCCAAGCUGCUCCUUCUCCAAACCACCAGCAGGGGUCUCUGCGCCAACUUGAACAAAAAAAAACUUGAAAGAGAGAAGAAGAAAGUUUCUUGAAUUCCUUCACUGAAAAAAGUGGAGGUGGAAUAAAGAAAAAGCUCCACAUCUUGAGGGACAGAAUCACAAAAAAAAAACACAAAUGAACACCAUCUCUCACUUGAAGACAAAUUUGUUCUUUAUCUUGUCGUUGUCUUCUAUGUGUGUCUUUGUCCUGCACAGCAGCUAUGAGGAGUGUUUUACUGUGUUCCCUCUGGGGUUCGAGGAGGCUCUGUAAUGUGUUUCCUGGUGCUUUUUGUUAUUUUUUACUCUCCUUGUACAGUGAAAAAAAAAAGGUUGUCUUUUACCUUUCGACGUGUUGCCUUAAUUGCCCGGUGCGGUGCGUUCAGCCUCCCUCUCCUCCACACUGUGACUAUAUUGUCAGUGUAUGAUGUUAAAGGUCAUGUCCUCUUGUUCUGCAGCACACUCUCUGUGGUUUUACCAAGCUUCGGGUUUUAAAUGUCUUUGUUCUGUGGUAAGGAUAAAGAGCAAAUGUGACUGUUUAAUUUUUCCAGCACCUUAUUAAA